UUCAAUGGCUGAUCAUUCACCCGCUGCCGCCUCCUCGUCUUCCUCGUCCGCCGCUGCCGCGUGGGGCGAGCUCGAGCCCAUCAACGCCAACACAUCCGCAAUCACUCUGUCCAAGGCCACCGUCGUCAUUGGCCGCAGCGACGAGUGCGACGCAAUCAUCACCAACACCAAGAAGCUCUCUGGCAAGCACUGCACACUGAUGCUCAAGGACUCGAGCGCCUUCAUUGUGGACACCAGCACGAAUGGCGUGCUGGUCAAUGGAUCGCGCAUCGUCAAGGGCGAGGAAACCAAGCUCAACGCGGGCGACUCGAUUGUCAUUGUCAAGGACCCGGUCGAGGACAACCAGUUUGGCUAUUACUUUAAGGAUUUGCUCGCCCCGCCGCCCCUUCCCGCUGCUCAGACGCAAGUCGACGAGAACGAGGAAGCUGCUGCCAUCCCAAGCAAGCGACGUGCUGAAGACGCGGACGACGAAGCCGCCGAAGCCAAGACCAACAAGAAGCCUCGCACCGAUGACAUGGAGCAAAAUCUCCAGUGUGGUAUUUGCAUGGAAAUCCUCCACGACUGCGUCUCGGUUGUUCCGUGCUUGCACGACUUUUGCGGCGCAUGCUACUCGGAUUGGAUGGAGAAAAAGUCAGACUGCCCGACCUGCCGUGCAAAGGUCACCUCCAUCAGCCGCAACCACCGCAUCAAGAAUCUCUGCGAAUCGUUCCUUGCAGAGCAUCCGGAGAAGCGUCGCCCCGAUGACGAAAUUGCCGAGAUGAAUGCUCGCAACAAGAUUACCAGCGACAUGCUCAAACCACCGCGUCGCCGCUACGAUGACGACGAGGACGAGGACGAUUACGAUGACGAUGAGGACGAGGAUGAUGGUUCGAAUGCUGGUCCUGGCUAUGGUUCGAGCAACUUUCCCUUCCAACCUUUCGGAUUUCAAACAAUCUGCCGCCAGUGCCCCAACGCCCCAAAUCCCGUCCCUGGCUAUACCUGUCCUCCUGGUGGAGGACAUGGCCGUUGCACGUGCUGCCAUCAGUUCAUGCCCCUGUUCGCGACAAACAACUUCAAUCCCCAUGCCCCGCAGGCCGAUCCGAACAAGCCGCAGAGCUGCGAAAUCUGCAAAAGGCAGUACUGCCACAUGUACUGGGGCUGCACUUGCAACGGUGGCUGUCUGAGCAAGCUGCGCAACUUCCAGUUCGACCAGGCUGCACUCGCCACCGUCGUCAACCGCAACACAACCGAGUCUGACCUCUUGCGAGAUUACCUCACGUCCAAGAGCCUGACCAUCAACGACAUGUACAAGGACUGUAUUACGAAUCUUGAUUCGAAAAAGUUCAAACUUGAGGCUCCAAACAAGGACAUUUAUCCACAACCCCUCGUGUUUGGCGGCCAGCCCGCCAUUCCUACCGGCGACACUGUCCUUUGCCGCACAUGCGUCGUGCCUUUCUUGGGGCAGCUUGCGUAUCAGUAUCGCGAGGCCAUCCCGAACAGCGAUCUUCCCAGCCGACCCCAUCGCCCAAAGUGCUACUGGGGCUCCAACUGCAAGACUCAGGUCAAUACGCCGCACCACGCCAGCAAAUUCGACCACAUCUGCAAACAAACCAGGUUCUCCUAACAAACGCACGACAGGGACUUUUUGGCGUUUUCAGUGUUGUUGUUGGAUUGUAGCCAGUUGACUUUUUUGCUCGCAUGCACGCGAGCCAGGAAUUGUGAAAGCAUGCUUGAUUGGAAUGAAACAAGUUUACUGCUGAGACGAAGAGAUACAAAACAAAAAUAAAGAACAUCACCAACAAGCGAA